CCAAUUCACCGAAACCUCGAUUCUUAUCUUCCGGCGAUUUUUGUUCUCCGGGCGAUUCUUGUUCUCCGGAGGCGAUUUUCUGGGCGAUUCUUAUUCUCCGGGCGUUAACCUUCGCUGUCUCCUCCGUCGAUCAACGGAAAGCCUCCUCCGCUGUGUUCCAUCACUGGAAAGUCUCCUCAGCUGAGUUCCAUGUCUCCUCCGUCGAUCACCGGAAACCCUCCUCCGCUGAGUUUGAUCACAGGAAACCCUUCUCCGCUCAGUUUGAACACAGGAAACCCUCCUCCGCUGAGUUUGAACACAGGAAACCCUCCUCCGCUCAGUUUGAUCACAGGAAACCCUCCUCCGCUCAGUUUGAACACAGGAAACCCUCCUCCGCUCAGUUUGAUCACAGGAAACCCUCCUCCGCUCAGUUUGAUCACAGGAAACCCUCCUCCGCUGAGUUUGAUCACAGGAAACCCUCCUCCCCAGAGUUUGAUCACAGAAAACCCACAUCCGCUGAGUUUGUUCACAGGAAAGCCUCUUCCACUGAGUUCGAUCACUGGAAAGCCGGUGAUCGUAAGGGUUAAACGGAAGGCCUCCCAAUCAAAACUUGACUCCUUCUGGCUGGAGAUUAAUGAAAGGCCACAUAAAAAAGCAUUCUUGGGUCUUGGAAAUCUCUCCAUAUCUGAUUGCGGCACAGGAAAAGUUCUCAAUGAGCUUGCAAGUGAGAAGAUGUUAGUUCAGCAUCUUGAGACAGUUGGGCACUCCCAGUCUGUCAAAGAUGUGUUGCAUUCUUUUCUGCAGCAACCUUCCAGAAAUAUAAAAGAAGUUAAGGGGAGAUCUAAGGAGCGUAGAAGUUUGUAUAAACCUGAUAAGAAACAUAAUCAAUUGCGGGCCAAGGCUAUAAAAGAGCAUGAGGAUCUUGCUAGAAGUGCUCGAUUUGAACAAAUGUGGAAGAAGAGGGGAAGCAUGGAUGCAGAAGAAUGCUCUUUGCAUGAAAUGUGUCAUUUGUAUGAUGUUGUUCGAGUUGAUUCCGAAGAUGAAACUCACCAAAGGGUGCCAAAGUCCAAAGUUGCUCCUGAGGCUGAUGGUGCAAUUUUGGAUAAGUAUUUACCACUUCUAUGGGAAAUCCUUCCACAAGUAGCUGAACAGAUUGAACAUGACAGAGCAACUACAGAAGAUAACUUUGUUUACGACAUAUAUACCACGGGCGUUGGUGUGGACACAGACACGGAUAACAUUGAUGAAUAUCCAUUUGUGCAAGUUUAUGUAGAGGACGAUUAUUAUGAUGGUCCGUCACAAUAUGAUUAUGAAAGUGAUGAUUCAAAUGCUGAGAACAAUCCAUGGAAUGAUUAUCGCGAUGAAGAGUCUGACUUUGAAGAUUCUGACUCAGAAUAUGAUCAAAGUGAAGAGGAAGAUCAAGAGGACUGGAGAUGGGGAUAUCGUUAAAUUUGUCUAUUGUAUUUGCGUUAAGCUGAAGCAAUCACUUCUAAGCUGAAGAGUGAAGAUCUGAAUCAAAAUUCUGACAUUGAUUUAGAAGAUUUCUGAUUUAGAUUAUAAAGGAUAAAAGAUAUCAUUUAUCAGCGAAGAGUAAAGGAAGACCAAGAAUAUUGGACAUGGGAACAUGUCAAUUAGUUUAUUGUGCAUGUAUUAAGUUGAGGCAGUGAUUGUCAUGUAGUCUGUUUGGUAGUUAUUGUAAUAGAACAACUUCAUCGUGUAAAUAUGUAUAUUUUUGCAAAUUAAUUAGAAAUUUAUAAAAUAAUUUUUUUCAUGCUUA